AAGCUCGCGACCUAACCCUAAAAUUCCAUGUAGAAUCUAGGGCUCGCGGAGAUGGAGGGCGCGAGCAAGGAAUGUGGGGUGUGGAGCGAGGAUGCGGUGCGCAUUCUCAUCGACAGCUACACCGCCAAGUUCGUGGAGCUCCAGAGGAGCAAUCUGCGGCAGAAGGAUUGGCAGGACAUUCUCGCGCGCCUCUCGUCCUCGUGCGGCGAGGGCUACAGCUACGCGCGCUGCCGCAACAAGCUGGACGCGCUCAAGAAGAAAUUCAAGGUCAUCAAGAGCAAGAGGGAGUUGGGCAGCGGCAGCAAAGGGGGAACGGGCGCAAAAUGGAAGUGGUACGAUCACAUGGAGAAGCUCAUGGAUCGGAGCAGCGGCAGCGGCGGCGCCAAAGGGAUCCCGGGAGGAAUCACGAGCGGGGAGAAGCUGGGGCCACUGGCAGCGGCGGACGAUGCCACCGACGACGAUGUUGAGGUGGGCGCUGCCAAUUCCGGGGAUGAAGAAGAAGUAGAUGAAGGAGAAGAAGAAGAAGAUGAUGAUGAUGAUGAAGAAGCUGAGGAAGCUCAAGAGGAAGACGAGGGAAUGCCUCCUUCCAGCUUCCUGUUCGAUCUUAGGCCGGGAUUUCUCGACAGCGGCUUGAAUCUCACGCUCAAUGGGAUCUGCGCCGCUGCCGCCACUGCUGCUGCUGGAUCUGCCGACUUUCGAUCGCCGCCCAGCCUGCCAAAGUUCUCGGACAAGACGAUCAGGAAGCAGCACCACAGGGCAUCGCCACUGAAUCGACAUGCGACAGAGGUGGUGGCGAUGUUGAUCCAGGCGGUGGAGAGGAUCGAGAAGAACAGGCUAGAAUUCGAGGAGAAGAAGCUAGAGCUGAUGAGGGACAUUGAUCUCAAGAGGAACGAGACCAACCUUGAGAUUGCCAAGUGCAUCAUUGAUAGUUGCAUGUCCAAGAGCUUUAGUUUCUAAGAGGAGGUCAUUCCCUCACUACUUUCCAUCUCUACAAUCAUGUAUAAGGGUAACUCAAACCAAAUGUAACCCCCAACAUGUCCUCUUGCCAUACAUUGGAGAUAGAUGUUGGUUACAGCCUCAUCAAAAUCGCUGAGCAUGAUAACAUCAUCGUCCUUACGUUGAAACAUAU